AAAGGAAGAGCAGCUGAGAGCUGAGAAGCGCACAAGGCCACAAGUGUUGCCGUAGUUGGCGCGCUAUGGAUCGCAGUGUGGGACGGUGCAGCGUGAAAAGUACUGUUAAUUGAUUGAAGUGUGGAAACUGCGGUGUGCCUUUCGUAGGAAUCGACGUGUUGGUUUUGUUUUCGUGAAUACCAUCGGCGUCAGCGAUGCCUCUAAGCAAUAACCUUGUGUUCACCGUAGCAUUUCACUUCGUAUGCAUCUGUGCAGUUGGCAUACCCGUCCUCGUCCUUUUCCUGGCUGGCAAGCCAUUUAAGCGCGGAUUUUUCUGCGACGAUGAAUCGUUGAGGUACCCGUUUCGUGACUCCACCGUCACUUCUCCAAUGCUCUACACCUAUGGCAUUCUCAUACCUGUUGCCGUGAUGGUUGUGCUGGAGGGAAUGCGAGCAAAGCUGCGCGUGCACGAGACGAUCAUCACAAGCAAGAAGCUUCUGCUCCGCUGGAAGGUGCCACCAGCAUUACAGGUCCUCUACGUGAUGAUCGGUGUGUUUCUGAUGGGGGCAGCGACAAGCCAGCUCCUCACGGACAUUGCCAAGUACACCAUUGGGCGUCUGCGGCCACACUUCUUUGACUUGUGCCAGCCCCGCAACCUGACGGGCCUGUGUGCAAUACCAUAUAAGUAUGUGGAAAACUUCACCUGCGGCAGCAAUGCAACCACGCACCAGCUAAAGGAGAUGCGGCUCUCAUUCAUGUCGGGCCACUCGUCUUUCUCCGCCUACACCAUGCUCUACGCAGUGCUGUACAUCCAUGCACGGUUGCCAUGGCGCAACUCCCUGGCCGUGGCAGUUCGCACGGUUGUCCAGGUGGCGCUGCUGUCACUGGCCUGGUACACGGCGCUCUCUCGCGUCUCCGACUACAAGCACCACUGGAGUGAUGUGCUCGCUGGCGCGGCACAAGGAUACCUAGUUGCCAUCAUCGUGGCUUGGGGCCUCGCACCACUGUUCAACCACAAAGGCCUGGUCGAGCUGACUGAGGGAGGUAGUGCAACAACUAUCAGACCAACGUAUCAAAUGGAUCGACCCCCAAACUCAAAAAGCAGAUUUCAUGAUGUCGGCGUACCCUAAAUGAUGCCCACUGGUUAACUGCCAGCCCUAAAACGGCUCGCAACUUGUUGCAAUGCGGCUGCCAGUUGCCACGAGGAUUAGCAAAGCUGGCCCAGCCAGUGCAUGUUUGUAACAAGGGGCAGCAGCACAGCAGACGGGAUGGUACAGCAGUGCUGUGUUGGCUGCUGUGUUGUGGCCUUUUGUUCGGUAGGAUCGAUGCCAGGGCAGCGAAGCCCAAGCAGGCAAUAUGUGCUUUCACCACAAUUGUCAUUGAGAUUAAGUUCUGGAAGUAUGGCAGUGGCACUGUAGGACUUGCCGCAAUUUGUAGCAAACAGUAGAAUGCAGCUUGGUGCUCACGCUAACAGUAUAGCCCAAAAAGCAAUGUCUGGCUGAAAAAACUGGUGAGUGUAGGACAUCAAAUGUGUUACCUUUGACUUCUUUUUGUACAGCUGUCAAGGUUUUACGUUUCCUAACAUUUGUUAACUGUCCCCUAGUAAAAUUGGAAUGAGUGGUAACAAAGUAUACCAGGAAUUCAAACGCUGCUUAUCACUCCAAAAGCUGUACUGCCGGUCUUCUAGUAGGCAACCUAGAUGUCUUUUGUAGGUUCUUCGUGGCGCCACGUCUAAUACAAGACUGAUAUAUAUAUGUAUAGCGCUGUAACGGCUUCCUCAUCAUUUUCUCACUCUUUCUUAUUUAAAUCUCUGACACACACACCAAUGUGUAAUAUUACACUUUCACGCUUGAAUGGUGACUUUUGCGACCAAUAUGCUGUCCUAUUUAAAGUGAUAAUUGGGUUAGGCAGGGCCAGUGGCAUUGCAAGGAAUUUUUUAAACAGAAAUUUAGGAACAGCUACGUGCCUGGCUAUGUUACAACCCUGGAAGUGCUGUAAACGUACUGGUACGUCUAGUAUAGAGCGGUUAAUGUCCCAGUGCAGCUUUAUGUACGGAUGGUGGCGAUGAAGGAGCUCCUACAUAGAUGCACAUGAACACUAAUACAAAGUACCUUUGGUGUUACCUAAACUUUACCUAGUUUGGUACUGUAAGUGCUAGAGAUCAUUUUUUCUUAAGACCGAUACCUGUGGUACAGUGUGCUAAAACCUUAGUACCUCUUGCUUGGUGUUAUCAGCUGUGGUGGUUGCCUUUCUUCACAAUACUAGAUGUUAUAUAACAGUAUUACAAGUAGUGGUUGUUGUUAAACUGUGACCAAGCUAGUUAAGCACAUAUGUAUAACGAACCGUAACGCACUCUUGAGCAAGAGUUGUUAGGCUAGUUCAGCAUACUAAGGAGCGCUGGAUGUGGCAGCACUUUGUAUCCCUUUGUGUUCUUGUAUCAUUCGUCUUUCCUGUGCCACUUAGUACAUUGCACAACAUAUUAUCUUUAAUGGUCAAAGCUGAGAUUUUAUAAGGCAUUGUAAUGAUGCCUGGUGUUCUGGGUGCUUGCACAUCUUGUGUGAUGUUUUACAUGGCAAGAUCUGUCCUCAGCACAAAGCUAGUUGUCCUAACUAUUUAGCUAAGUGUUAGUAAAGCGUGUAGUGCUUUAAAACAGGGUUGCUGAAAGCUGCAGUACAGCCUCUUCUAGGCGAUAACCCGUGUAGAUGUCAGUGAUGCUACUGGCUUAGGCCACUUUGGAGCAGCUUUUGGAGCAGGCAAAAUUGCGUUUUGGAGCAGCAAAACUAGCUUUUGGAGCAGGUGCUCUGCCUUCAACAAUUCAUUCUGAGCCGAAGAAUUCAUAAAAAAGUAAUAAACAUCGACCACAGCAGCGUCGACAUCCGAGCCAACAGCACUCAAGCCGCGGGCAAAUGAGUUGUGCACUUUGUGCAAGCAGCACUCUCCUACAUCUAUGAUGUCAUCUGCAUCUUUUUUCUGAAGCUUUUCAUUGCAUUAGGGCCAUCCGUAGAAAAGCAAAUGACAUUUUUCUGCGGCAGGUCCAUCAUUGCUCUCCGCACUUCACUAGCCAAAAUUUCCGAAGUCGCAGAACCCAGCCGGAAAGACUGUAGGUGUUCCACAACUCGCUGCAUUUUGUUGGACAAAUGCCUAACUACAACAUCAAGUUGUUGGCACCUCUGUUCAGGAAGAGGGGUCACAUCAAUGCUAAGAGAAAAAACCACACCCGGCUUGUUCAGCUCGUCAAGCACAAGUUUCUUGAAAUACGGCCCGAGGCCGUCACUAACUAUGUAGGAUGCCUUCAACCUCUUACAACUAAACUGCUUCGCUGUUUCGGAAUCUCCAAAUAACUUGGGAAACAAGGCAGUUGCUGUGUCGGCCCACGAGUAUGGGAUGCCCUUGAGAGUCAUGCCAAGCACAAACAGAGUUUCUGCGUUUGUCACGCGGUCACACUGCAAAACGUUCUAUGAACUGCCGAAUUCCAAAGUCGGCUGGAUCGUUUUCAGCCGCUGCAGCCCGCCUGAAGCGUCUCAAUGACGACUGGUAGCAUCAAUGUGCCGUUCAUGGCUGCAUGUCGCUUGACUGCUGCUACGCCAUGUUGCCUACAGUUGAUGCUUUGAUUACAAAAAAAAAACACAAAACGCAGUUCCUCCGUCCGCUUGACAACGCCAUAUUGAUACAGUAUAACCUAAUUACAACAGACCUUCAUAGUGAAGAGGAUUUUGGUCUGUUGUAAAGGGAGUAUGUAAAAUCCAAGUACUGUUACAACAGACUUUCAUGUAAACACUGAAUGGGUCUGUUAUAACCGGAGAGAAUUAUGAGUCACAAACAUGGUCUUAUUUUUAACGGGGGACCAAAAAAAAUGCGAUUUUUGGAAAAUCGCAUUUUCAGUUUCUGUAGCCCAUUUCUAUCUGAUUCCAAAAUGGCUUCAAUGAAAACUACGUAGAAGUGCUUUAAAAAAUUUGUUUUGCGUCUGCCGACUUGGCGAAAAUCGCGGAAAUAUAAAAAAAAGCGUUUUUCAAAAUUAUGGCUCGGCAACGGCGCAACUGGGCGCCACCAUUUUGGGCUCGUCGUAAGGAGCAUUUCUCCGCGUUCAAGUUCUCCGUUUCAGCUGGCUCCUCCAUUCAGUAACAAGCGUACGAAAAACACGUUUUGGCUGCUUCUGCGGUAUUACCGCAGAAGCAGCCAAAACGUGUUAAUGCUCGCUUCGGGAUCGUCGUCUGCUGCUUGUGCGUCGCGAGGUCGUGGCUGUCGAAAAUUGCGCUACUUAGUGACGCGUUCGCACUCGUUCUGUGUUUACGGGUCGACAAUAAUUUGGAACGCUUUAGUUGGGCAGCUGCAAGCGGAAGCUCAAUCAGAUUACGAUAGCGCGCCGCACUCGUCGCGAACAUCGCAGACGUGCGACUAAUAGCGUUGACUCGUUGGACCCGCUGUUCGAGGUUCUUCUUAUCAGCACUUCGAAGCUUAUGACGAAGACCACCGCGGGACAACUCCUUGUACUCGCAAUCGAGCAUGACGUACUUUGAAACAUCGGGCACCGCGGGCACGCACAUCGCAACCGAGCUUUCUACUAGAUGUGGUUAGGCCUAACUCCGUUCACGGUGCCGAUGUACGAGCCAAAUCCGAACUUUGCGGGCAAGAACAUCGCGCUAGCGGACAUGCGAAGCCGUAAUGUCCUUCGUCUCAAGCAACGAAUCGCAUUGCCCGCUGGCUCCUCAGAACCGCGGAUGGGCCUUUUGCGCAUCGGCAGCGGACCACCCGGCCAAGCUCGCCGCGCAGCGACCGCGCGGAGAGGCGGUGGCAGCGGCUCGCAAUUUCGCGUGUCAGCGUCCCAAACGCAACACCAAGCACGCUGCGCGCCGUUUUUUGUCGCUACAGCUAGGCAUAGCUGAUCAUUGACAGACCGGGGAUCGGCGGCCUUCGUUCUAAAAUCGGUACGUCGAUAUUAGAACACUGUAGUCGAUAUCCACGGUGCGCUGCUCCCGUCCCGAAAGUAUGCUAAGCAAUGUUUGAAGUCGAAAGUUAAUGACCGUGGUAGAAAAGUACGCUCUAAAGGAGUCCUGACCACCUUGCUGGCCUGAAAUUUUAGUCAAUUAUAUCCGAAUGUCCGUUGUACCAGAAUCCGUUGUAAACGACGCUCAAUCAAUGGAACUAAUACGGAGGUCGGCAUAUAUAACGCCGCAAAUUGGUAUGUAAUAUCCGAAUGUCUGUUGUAAACAGAUCCGUUGUGACGAGGUUAUACUGUAUUUUGUCUCCAUUUUCAUGGAGAACGUCCGCGUAGGUCCACGUACAGCGCGAUGUCGCUCUCAAUGGGUGAACCUCAUGUAGUUAGUUUCAUUUCUGAAAGUCGGCGUACACCCCUUUGGCGCAGGCUUGGCGCAGAAUCGCCAAAUUUUGAGGAAAUGUAGCAGGUUGUAGCAGCCAGGGCACUUUGGCGCAGUCUGGCGCAAUUGGCGCAGCGGUAGCAUCACUGAGAUGUGUAUGUUUUGUACUUGUGAAACGCACACGCCAUGACAAUUACUAGUCAAAAUUUAGAAUUACAAAUGUAUGUGCCUUUACCGUAGCCUAACCACUGGCUCGCUGAUUAUCGAUUUGUGAUAGCCACAGUGAUUUUGCGCAACCAUAGUACUCUGCACAUACGUGACAUUUGCCAAUCAAGAGAUUGUUUUGUAUAUCGUGCAUGACUGAUGCGUACAUUUUCUGUUUGGUUCUCAGUCACCUGUGUCUACUUACUGCCUCCUAUUACUUGAGUGGUUUGAAUUAAUUGUUGCUUGCUCUCUGCAUGUACACUCUAACCGUACUGAAAUUUGUGUCUCUGUUUUGAACAUGCAUCACCAUACUAAAUGCAAAGUAAAUUAGCUUCUACUGAUUAUUUGCUGGUUACAAGCACCUUUAGCUGAAAUUUAGCCAUUGGCACAGAUCAUUUUAGCCAGCUGGUACUUUUUCACAUAUUGCCAAUUUUUUUCUACCUUUUAUUGUUGAUUAUACUUCGCAUCACCAAAUAAUACGUAAUCUGCUUUUUGUGUGCUCUCUUGAGUGCAAACAGUGGGUAAAGAAAAAGUACCGGCUGUUCGAAACGAUGCUUGCCUGUUUGUUCUAAAUGCAGACGCACAAACCACGCUUCGUGAUAUAAACGGCAUGACAUUAAAGGGCCAAGAAAAAAGUUGCCAACUCCGUCUUUCUCUACAGGAACCACUCCCCCCGAAGAAGAGCUUUUGCGAAAGCAUGAAUCGCCAAGUCGUGUGGCAUCAGUGUAGUGGGAGAGCAGCGGUCUCACCAUUGCCCCGAUGUGGGAUGCAGAUAUUCACCAUCACUCAUCAUUCUCAGCACUUUUUGUGGGCUUGUUGUUUUCGUGGUCGUGUAUACAUGCUGGCUUGAUGUGCUUGCUGAAUGCUCUUGCUACUUCCUGUGCUUUGGCAUGCGUUGUCUUGCAUGAACCAUGCAGCGGAUGCGGUGACCGUUUCAUUGUGGGUUCUUUUAAUCCUCCGGCACAGCCAUCUCCGUAGACCAGCCACCGAGUAUAUUGCGAGACGUCAAACUAAGGCCAACGGUCAUUACCACAUGGUGAAUAUUUUGAGAACAAGAAUAAUAUAAAUAUUGUUGGGGUUUUACGUCCCAAAACCAUGAUACGAUUAUGACAGACGCCAUAGUGGAGGGCUAUGGAAAUUUUGACCACCUGGGGUUCAAUAACAUGCACCUAAAUCUAAGCACAUGAACGUCCAGAAUUUCGCUUCCAUUGAAGUCGCCUCCAUUGGCUGCGAUUCGCUCUCGCGACCUAUGGGUCUUUCAUGAACUGUCUUUCAUGAAUGCGGCAGAGCUAUGCAGCUUGAUUAAACCACAAAUGUACUUUUUUUAAUGCGUGUUCUUGUCCAAGAUUAUCGGGUCCCUGACGACGGACCGAAUCCAGAUGUGGCGGCGCGGACGGCGCGUCACGUGACCUCACAUCAGCGAUUCCCCUCGUUCCGUGUGGCUCACACACGGAUAACCCCAACCUGUUUUUCACAUUGGGAUUCUGGUGGCAGAACGCCGCAGCUUUAGUGGACAAACAGGCUGGCAACCAGUAGACUUUUCCUCUGCUCGAGCCGUACGGCUGUCUUCGCAGCUGAUUUCAGCUCUGCUGGCGCUUAGCUUAGUUUACUUCUGGGAUCGUAUUCUAAGACGAUCACCUUUGAGAUAUAUAUAUCACAUUUAAUGCGUGCUGAUUGGCAGGUUGAAGAAUAGCGGGUAAGUUGUCGCUUUAAUCAUUGCAAGCGCAGGAUUGUGCAGACGGCAAAGUGGUGUUGUCGCUGAACGCGGUUGUCUCAGAACAUGGCCUGUGUUUGAACACUGAUUUCAAGAUGCGAACCAAGAGAAGGAAACAUAAUGUGCAGCAGUGCAUUGAGCAUUGUUGGUACCUGUUAAGAAAGAAACUGCCGAUAUCGGCGCACCACUGUAUCCUCCCUUCGUAUGCGGGGCCCCACGCGCGUCAACGGCGAGGUCAGUCUUCAGCAGCUCUCUGUAAAGCAGAUUUUUCUUCCCAUCCAGCCAUUCCGCCAACAACACCGUUUUCACCGAAACAAAUUACAGUCCUCGACAAUGCUCGACGCUCAACAAGCUUCGCGUUCUGUCGGCCUCCAUGUUUCUUAAUACUCUCAAACCGGUCUGCUGGCAGGGGGCGCAGGUGAGCGCAGAGACUGCGGUCGAGAGUAAUCCUGCUCUCUAUUGCUAGGACACCGUCCGUCAUGUGGAUGCGCCUGCUGGCGGAUGAUCCGCGGAUGAUCCGCGGAUUAGCCGUCCGCAUCCACGACAAAUCCGGAUUCGGUCCGUCGUCUGAAUGCACCAUUACACAUGUGAAGCUGAUAGGGUCAAAACCUCGCCAAAGUAAAAGCUGUUGACCAGUUUGUUGAUCGGGGAUGUCAGUCCCGAUCUGUGUGCCAGCAUGCCUUUGCCAUGCAGUCGCACGUCUACUCUUCCUCAUUGUAUUGUUUGGCUAUUCUGUGCAACCGGAUGAUUUCACGUUGUGUAGCAUGUUCUAUAAAGUUCAUGCUGGGUGGUAACAGCCAGUAGUUGAAAAGUGCAGAGUUGUGGUAACUGGAAAUAUAUGGCGCCUUUGAACAAAAAUGCCAAUGUGACUGACGUUUAAUAAUAAUACCCGGGAUUUUGUGAGCCAAAAUCACGAUAUGAUUAUGUGGCACACCGUAGUGAAGGGCUCCGGGAAUUUCUGCCAUCUGGUAUUCUUCAACAUGCAUUGACAUUGUACAGUACACGGGCCUCUAGCCUUCAUCAAAAUGCGACCGCUGCGGCCGGGAUGAAACAUGCGACCUUCGGGUAAUGUGACUGAUGUUUUGGACUGAUGUAGCAUUGACAUGAUCCCUAUAGAAGUAUGCAGUGACAAGGCAUGAACAACUGCAGGGAAGGUAGUGAAGACGAGGUAAAAGGAAACCAGUUGCUUGCAUUUAUGCUCAGAGUGGCUUAGGGGCCCUCUUAGUUUCACGGCACUAUACUGGCCUUUGCGCAGCCAGUGACCAGUUUUCGCCUGCUACUGCAAAGUGAUUCUAAACUCAAAGUGUCGCAACGUUACCACGAAACGGCCUUCAGCUUCGACUGCUACUGCUAUUAAAGUUGCAUGCUUCUUUUUUACCAGUUUCCGUAAUAACCAGUUGUUUGCUUCACUUCGUUUACCAUGUUACUACUGUUUGCUUCGUGUCAGGCCAUGGAAGUUUCCAGUGCUGUUCAUACAUGGCCAGAAAACGGUGUUCAUGGAUGAGGAUAUAGUUCAAGUUGGUACAUUAUCAUUCUUGGGGCUGUGUUAUGUAAUGCUUUCUUUUUCAUUUGACAUUGUUACUUUUUCAUAUUCAUCGGCUGACACGGCACGAAAGACUUUAUUAGUGCCUGUGCGGCUACUUGUAAUGACUUCGUAAUAUGGUCUCUGAUGAGGAAUACUAAAGUCAGGCCUUUAAUGUGAUUCAGUUUCGUUUGACCUUGUCAUGCAAUCAUCAAUCAGAACUGUGUAAUACUGAAGUCAGGCCUGUCGCGUGAUACAAUUUUGCUGCACCUCAUUACACUACCAUCAAUCAGAAUCAUGCUUCGUUUGACUAAGAUACAGGUCGGUUUGAUCUCGAGGACUGCGUGAUAGGCUGUAGCCAGAAAAGCUGCUCCUUGCAGUUACUGUACCGCUCAUAGCUACCAAUACAUCACCUUACACAGCUUUUAGAAAAUAUCUUUUCAUGGAAUGAAAGAGAUUUGCGGUGCUACAUGGUGCAAACCUUGUGUUCAAUUCGUAGGUGCCCUACGUCCUAAUGGCGGCCUUGUAGGUGUAAUGUUGUGAUAAUUGAUUAGCAAGGCCUUACAUGUUAAUGUUGUACAGUUAGUGAGAAAGCGUUGAAGAGAUGAGCAUUUAACUCUGGAUUACUUUUGACCACCUGGUAAUGGUUAUCUAACUCGUAUUUGCUCUGUAGUUUUGCACAUCCUGUGCAACUUGUUUGCGAUUAUUUUCGGAGAGCUUUGUUUUGUUUGCCCUUGUAAGUGUUGAAUGAUGCACAAUCUCAGGCAGUUGAAGUGGAUUCUGCUAACUGAGCAGCUCACAUUGCUGAACAGUAGCUCUGUUAAAACUGCACCAAUCAUUUCUUUUUAAUGAGUCCUACACCAUAUGUGGAGCUACCACUUUUGUAUUGGUGGCUACGCACUGCAGUGGCAGUAGACGCUCUUUCAUCUUCACUGUGUUUGCGAAUUUUUACGUAUUUACAUUUCUCCCCCAAAAAUUGAGGCAUUGGUGCCAAUCACAAUACACUGGCUUUUAGAAUUGCAGUGAAGGAAAGCCAUGUCAUUAUUUUAUUUAUAUUGUAGCCACUUCCUAUAAAUCAUUUUCAUCUUUUAGUUUGCUCUUCCUCAAGGUAGUGCCUUCAUUAUUGAAUUGAGAGUUAUCACUACCUCAGCAUUUGCUGUUGUGACUAGGCAACCAAACGCUACACAUUUCCAGCACACUUUACACACUUUGUAAAGCAAACUUUACAGAAUUGUAAAGCACACUUUACAAUUCUGUGUACUCCAACUUAUGCUGCCGCGUCUUUUUGCUGAUUGAUGCUGCAAAUAAACAGGAAUUGAUGUUUAGGCUUUAGCGUCAGCGUACCUAUACACAUGAAGUUGUUAACUAUGUGCAGCAUGAGAGAUUUUAGUACGCUAGCUUGAUGCCAGAUUAGCUUGGAUUCACUUGAAGUAGAUUUAUUCCUAAAGGACUUCUUUUUGGGUGAGUUGGUGCUUAGAUUACUUACGUAUGCUUGACUAUGGCGCAAAAUACAUUCCGUGAAAAGGGGGAAGGAAAGAGAAGAUAGAGAAAACUUUUUCCUCGCUUGCAAUUUUUUUUGUGGUUUUUGCAAGUGCCUUGUCAACACAAUAGUGAGUUGGUUGUUAACACAGGUGGUGUUGAAGAUUACAACAAAGUAAUCUGUCACGACAACAUGUCAGUUGAAUAAGCAUUGUAAUGGCGAUAUGGUGACCCCUAUUUAUGUACCCCUCAGUGCAGCCAACUUCGUGCUAACUAGCAAAUGCUUGUAAAUUGACGUGACAUCACUUGCAUUCCUCAAAUUUGUUAUUAAAAUGAGUUUGACCCAUCUUCUGGCUGUUGUACCAUCCAUGCGCUACCAUUCGAUAGUAAGAACUUCAGAUGUUCAAAAAUAAAAAGUUGAGUUUUACUCUUGUUUAAGAGUGACCAUCAAAUUACUGACUGCUGUAAAAAAAAAAAAAUACAAGGAGGCUUUGCACAUUCCUGAAUAAUACAACAAAAACCUGCAACCUACAGAGUCGUCCACGUUUAUAAUGUGAUAUUUAACAAAUCUUUCAGAAAAUAAUCUAUGCUUUGUUUCUGCUAUUAGCAUUCUCGUCUAAGAACAGACAACCAUGUGCUCAAAGAAGCCACAGCCAAGUAAGAAAAAUCCACAUACUGGAUCCAUAAUUCUCAUUGUAAUUGGGCAAUUACGGCAUUACUUGCUGCCUGCAAUCUUUGUACAAAAAGUACACUGCCGUCCUUUCGCAGUAAAAUGGAUGCUAGUUUCCCAUUUAGUAAUUUUCCUAUUGAACCUAUAUAAUGUUGCUACUGUUACCCAGAAGAUGCCUUAACGAAGUUGGUUGACUGAACAGCUGUUUGCAUCUUUUGGUUAACAACCCAUGAUGUUACUAUAAGUGUUGCUAUAAGAACAUCUGACUUUAUACGUGAGUUCUUGCUUUGGUGGACUUGAUUUUAGUGGCCAGCUACAUCUGUAAAAUAAUUGACUAGCAUUUCUAGCUAAUCGUAAAGCAACUUUUUUCGGUGGAGAAAGAGGCUGAUGUCUUUUUUUUUUUAUUUAUUGAAAUAGUUAUCUAUCUGUAGCUACCUGCUUACAGAAGACAUCCUUCAUAAAUACAGAUCAUAACUAGAAGGAAAACCAAAAGUUCACUUCGGAUACUGUGGUGUGAACUUGCUUUUUUUUGUUAAGUGUGUGCCAAAAAUGUGCCUUUAAUAAAUAAGAAAAGCGUGUCAAAAAAAGAAAAAAAGAAGCUGCACUGCUGGCUUUGCUUGCAAUGUUGCAAUGCUUGUAUCUCGGUGCUUGCAAAUAAAACACUGCCCUUUU